CCUGCCUGGCCCGCUCCGCGAUGAGGGUCCUGCGUGCGCGCUGCGGGGCGCUGCUGGCCUGCCUGGCUCUGGUGCUGCCCGUGGGCGAGGCCAACUUUUUGUCAAAACAACGUGCUUCACAGUUCCUGGUUAGGAAACGUCGUGCAAAUUCUUUGCUUGAAGAAACCAAAAAGGGUAAUCUUGAAAGAGAAUGCAUCGAAGAGCUGUGCAAUAAAGAAGAAGCCAGGGAGGUCUUUGAAAAUAACCCUGAAACGGAUUAUUUUUAUCCAAAAUACUUAGGUUGUCUUGGCUCUUUUCGAGGUGGAUUACUCAUUACUGCACGUCAGUCAACCAAUGCAUACAUGGACCUCAGGAGCUGUGUCAAUGCCAUUCCAGACCAGUGUAACCCUUUGCCAUGCAACGAAGAUGGAUAUAUGAGCUGCAAAGAUGGUCAGGCUGCAUUCACCUGCAUUUGUAAACCAGGUUGGCAAGGGGAGAAGUGUGAACUUGAUAUCAAUGAAUGCAAAGAUCCCUCAAAUUUAAAUGGAGGUUGCAGCCAUAUUUGUGAUAACUCUCCUGGAAGCUAUCACUGUUCCUGUAGAAGUGGAUUCAUCAUGCUUUCGAAUAUGAAAGACUGUAAAGAUGUGAAUGAAUGCUCUAUGAAGCCAAGUGUUUGUGGCACAGCUGUGUGCAAGAAUAUCCCAGGAGACUUUGAAUGCCUAUGUCCUGAAGGCUACAGAUAUGAUCCCAAGUCACAGACUUGUGAAGAUGUGGACGAAUGUUCUGAAAACAUAUGUGCUCAACUUUGUGUCAAUUUCCCUGGAGGCUACUCUUGUUAUUGUGAUGGAAAGAAAGGAUUCAAACUUUCCCAAGAUGAGAGGAGUUGUGAGGUUAUUCCAGUGUGCCUUUCCUUGAAUCUUGACAAAAAUUAUGAAUUACUUUACUUGGCAGAGCAAUUUGCAGGUGUUGUUUUAUAUUUAAAUUUUCGUUUGCCAUAUAUCACCAGAUUUUCGGCCGUUUUUGAUUUCCGGACAUAUGAUUCAGAAGGCAUCAUACUGUAUGCUGCAUCCCUUGAUUACUCAGCAUGGCUCCUGAUUGCACUUCGUGAUGGGAAGAUUGAGGUUCAGUUUAAGAAUGAGUAUGCCACCCAAAUCACAACUGGAGGCAAUCUGAUUAACAACGGCCUGUGGCACAUGGUGUCUGUGGAAGAAUUAGAAGAUCGUGUUAGCAUUAAAAUAGCUAAUGAAGCUGUGAUGAAUAUAAAUAAACUUGGGAGCCUUUUCAAACCUACAGACGGAUUUCUGGAAACCAAAGUGUAUAUUGCAGGAUUACCCCGGAAAGUGGAAAAUGCUCUCAUUAGACGGAUCAACCCUCGUCUGGAUGGAUGUAUCCGAGGCUGGAAUUUGAUGAAUCAAGGGGCUUUAGGUGCAAAGGAAAUUAUCCGAGCAAAACAAAAUAAGCAUUGUCUUAUCUCCGUGGAGAAAGGUUCCUACUAUCCUGGCUCUGGAGUUGCUCAGUUUAACAUAGAUUAUAAUAACAUCAGCAAUGUGGAGGGCUGGCAAAUAAAUAUGACCUUGACUAUUCGCCCAUCUGCGGGCACUGGUGUUAUGUUUGCUCUGGUUUCUGGCAAAACAGUGCCCUUUGCCCUGUCCUUGGUAGACUCCACCUCUGAAAAUUCUCAGAAUAUUCUGGUGUCUGUUGAAAAUGUGGUUGUAUCUCAAAUAGAAGAUGUAGAUUUGUGCUUUGAUCAGCAAUUUAACCUACAAGUUCAAGUCAGCAAACACACCCUGAAGCUGUGGACGUCACAUAGAAAUGACAUGGUAUACUUAGGAGACUUUAAAGCCCACCUGGCUAUCUUGGACAUAGCAAUGAAAGGAACCGUGUCCACUUACCUGGGUGGAGUUCCAGAUGUCCCCUUCAGUGCCACUCCAGUAAAUGCCUUUUACAAUGGCUGCAUGGAGGUGAAUAUCAAUGGUGUACAGCUGGAUCUGGAUGAAGCUGUCUCUAAACAUAACGAUAUUAGAGCUCACUCAUGUCCAUCCGUUUGGAAAGAAGAAAAGAAUUUAUAAAGCCUAUUUUCUGUGAUGAUAAGAUCUCUUUCUUGAGUAUAAUAAGUGUACUUAUUAGCACCUGGUCAAUUGUACCCAUGAUGUGCAGUCUUUGAUUAUUUCAUGGUACUUUCAUAUUCUUGGAAAUUUUUUUAAAGGCUUCCCUUAAAACUAUACUUUCAGAGUUCAUUUCUAUAGUUUCUUUGUAAAAAGCACCCUUUCUAGAAGAAAAAUCAAUUGUGAUCAAAGAUACAAAUCACAUUUAAAAACCAGCUUCUAUUGCAUCUAGAAAUUAAAUAAUGAAACACACAAAAAAUUUAAAUUUCAAUUUAUUUGGUAUCAGUAAUAUUGCUUCAGUUUUUGUUUAUAAAAGUAAAGUUUGAAUUAAUUAUCGUUGAUUUAGUGUUCAAGUAUUUGUUUUUCUCAGAAAACAAACCAGUAAACCCAGACAAAAGCUCAUGUGAAUGAAUGCUAACAAACAAAAAGGCAAAUACCAUAUUUUCGUUGUGACUUCUCAUGUGAUAGAGGCAGAAGAAAUAGUGGCCGACAGAAUGUGAAAUAAGUGAAGUCUUAAAGCUUUAUUCUAAAAUCACUUCUCGGGGACCAGUGUAGACUUCACGCUUCUUUUACCCAGCUUCACAGUUGAACCAGUACUCAAUGAAUUAGGCCAUAAGAGGAGAGAUUUAAUGCGUGUAAGACAUGAGUCUUGCUUCUUAGGAACUGCUCUCUAUGACAAAGAUCUGAUUAUAUUGUGAUGAGUGUGGGAUUCUGGACACAUUCCUUGUAUUUGGCUAUAGUGGUCACAUGAGCUCUGAAUCAGACAGGCAGCAGACUUUAGUGGUGGAAAGAAUGAACAAAUGUAAAAAUUCAUUGUUUUCUUUUAAUCUAAAAUUAAAAUUGAAUGUGAUUGCUGCAGGAUAAAAUAAAUGAUGAAAAUAAAACAAUUUUUAACGGAUAAUGGCAGAGGGAUAUAGGAAAUAUUGUAUUUUAUCUUUGUAAUUUAAGUAAAGAGGUCACACUGCCACAUGCAUGUUACAAGUGCAUUUCGGCUGACAGACUGUUUUGCUAUUUGUUGUUGUUUUUCCUCCCAAGCCCAUCACCAUUCGUUUCAGGUAUGUACCAGAGGUUUCGUUGUCAUUUUAGAAAAUAAAUUUUAUUUCACUACAGACAUUUUACAUCACAUUAAACUUAAUAAAUUGAUGUGUAUUUUUAAAAUA